AUGCCCGCAAAGAAGUUGGCAUACUCCGAAGAAGCUCGCAAGUCGCUGCGAACUGGCAUCGACAUUCUGGCUGACUCGGUAAAAAUCACUCUCGGCCCGCGCGGCCGCAACGUGGUGCUUGACAAGAAGUUUGGCCCCCCUCAGGUCUGCUCCGACGGCGUCACGAUCGCGAAAGAAAUUGAGCUGCCCGACGCCUUUGAGAACAUGGGCGCCCAGCUGCUGAAAGAAGCCGCCACCAAGACCAACGACGCCGCUGGCGACGGCACCACGACCAGCAUCGUGCUGUCUCAGGCGAUCAUCCACGAAGGCUUCAAGAACGUAACCGCCGGGACCAAUCCCAUGGCCAUCAAGCGCGGCAUCGAGCACGCCGUGGGGCGGAUCGUUACUGAGUUGCAAUCCAUGUCCCAGCCGGUGGAGACCCGCGAACGCAUCGGUCAAGUAGCCUCCCUGUCCGCUCACGAAGAGGCCAUCGGCGAGACCAUCGCCGAGGCCAUGGAGAAGGUGGGCAAGGACGGCGUCAUCACCGUUGAAGAGUCCCGCGGACUUACCGAUGAGAUCGAAUACGUGGAAGGCAUGCAGGUCGACCGCGGUUACAUUUCCCCUUACUUCAUUACCAACAGCGACCGCAUGGAAGCUGCCAUCGAUGACGCUCACCUCAUCAUUACCGACAAGAAAAUCUCCGCGGUUGCCGACCUGGUGCCGGCCCUGGAGAAGCUGUUGCAGGUUGGUCAGAAGAACGUGGUCAUCGUCGGCGAGGACGUAGACGGUGAGGCGCUGGCUACCCUGGUAGUCAACAAGCUGCGCGGCAUCAUGAACGUGCUGUCCAUCAAAGCCCCCGGCUUCGGCGACCGCCGCAAGGCCAUGCUGGAAGACAUCGCCAUCCUGACCGGUGGUACCGUAAUAAGCGAAGAGACAGGCCGCCGCCUGGAUUCGGCCACCAUAGAAGACUUCGGGCGAGCCCGGCGUGUAUCGUCCACCAAGGACGACACCACCAUCGUUGAGGGCCACGGUUCGGAAGAUGCCAUCCAGGCCCGCAUCAAUCAGAUCAAGGCUCAGAUCGAAGACACCACCUCCGAGUAUGAUCGCGAGAAGCUCCAGGAGCGGAUGGCGAAAUUGUCCGGCGGCGUUGCGGUGAUCAAGGUUGGAGCCGCGACUGAGAUCGAGCUCAAAGAGCGGAAGGCUCGCGUGGAAGACGCCCUGUCUGCCACCCGUUCCGCUGUUGAAGAAGGCAUCGUCCCCGGCGGUGGAGUAGCUCUCGUACGGGCGCAGCGCGCGUUGGAAGGCGUAGAGGGUUUGACGAGCGACGAAGUCGUGGGCGUCAACAUCAUUCGUCGCGCCCUGGAACAACCGUUGAAGCUCAUCGUGGAGAACGCCGGUUCUGAGGGAGCGGUUGUGCUCAAUCAGGUAAAGGAUCAGUCCGAUGACUACGGUUACGACGCUGAGCUGGGCGAAUUCGGCCCCAUGCUCGAGCGUGGCAUCAUCGACCCCGUCAAGGUGACUCGGUCGGCCCUGCAAAACGCGGCUUCGGUUGCGGCAAUGGUGCUUACCACCGAGUCCAUGAUUACCGAAAUACCUGAACCCAUGUCGGCAGCCCCGGCAGCCCCGCCGAUGGACUUCUAA